AAGCAGCUGAAGUUGUGAGGUCAACACACAUAAGCCCUUUUCUUCCUCAGCUUCUCUCUGAGUGUUUUCCGGGGAGGAAAUGCAUUUCUUCCUCAAUUCUGAGGGCUGUUAGUUAAGGGUGUGAAUCCACCUCUCUCAUUCCACAAACCACAGAGUCUGUUUCCAAUCUCUUAUCUAGCUACUUAGCCAUUCUCCUUGGUAGCUUUGUACACAGGGGAGAAAUGGACAUUAAAAAAAUAGGUCCCAAGACACUCUUAAGAAAAACGAUCGAUUUGGUCCGAAGCCUUCCCCAACAACAUGUGUAUUUAGAAUUACCCACACGAUUCCACACUGGGCAGCAUCUGUGGCCUUAUUUUACAGAAUGCAGGUGGUACCUUUGCUGGGAGCCACUGGGAAGACCCCAUCUGUGCAGAAUCAAGAAGGACAUUUAAAAGACCAGGGCUCUGGACUAUUCCGCAGGCAAGAUUGCCUGUUUCUCUAUGGAUCCCAACAAAGUUUAAACAAGACCUGUUGUCCCACCAUUUCUUUUCAUAAUUCAGUCUGUCUAGGUUCCAGGCUGAGAUUUUCUCCCUGAGCUUUGCAGGAAGUGGUCCAGCAGAGCCUUUGGGGGGUUAGGGGUGGGGCUGGUAUCCUUUCCGGCAGAUCUGGCUUUCUGCCCAGCCAGUUCACCUGUAACACAGCCAAGGUUGUUGAAGCCCAGUGCUGGAGUUCCCUGCACCUAGGCCGUUCUCUGUGAGCCUUUAAAGUUAGAGCAAUUUCAUCCUCAAUGGUUAUGUGUCCAUUUUCCUCACCUUCACUGCAAAGUAAUUUCCAAAACAGCUUGACCUUGUCUUCCCAAGGUCCCUAAAGAUGAAUAGACUUUUUUAAAAAAGGAAAAGAAGGAAGGAAACUUGAGCCAGAGAGCCAAGCAGAACCCCCUUGUUAAGGAAACAGGUUGAUUCCUGUCUUGUUAAUAAGAAAGGGAGGGAUGGGCCCAAAGCCACAGGUUGCAGAACUGAUUCCCAGUUUGGUCCUACCUCAGUGCUUGGAGUCCAAAGCUCUGGACCCACUCCCUUUGGCCCAUGGAUUGAUGCUACCAGGCCAGUGCCCUUAUCCCACUGUGGUGGGAUAAGAGGUAACCUUCACAGUCAUAAUGCUUCCGGGUCACAGAGGUGCUGGGCCUUAGGCCAGACCUCUGCCUGAGAAGUUUCCUCUGGGAACGGCUUCUGGUGGGUACUACGGGCCUUAUUCCGGGCCAUAUGGCCUGUAAGACUUCACCACUGGGGGGAAGGCUGGGCCGGACAGAGUCAUCACCUGUGGUACUGGCCCCAUGGCUGAGGUGGAGUGGAUACACAGACAUCCAAAGACCGAGGACCUAAGGGUUGGGCUCAUCAGCUGGGCAGGAACCUACCUCACCUUUGAAGCAUAUAAGAGUACAGUCACAGCUACUGCAAAGAGUUUGUGCAGGAGACAGACCUGGGAGCUCCUGGUGAGCAAUGAACAUGAUGCGCAGGCCGUGGUUCGACUAAAGAACUUGCAGGGCCUCUACCUGCUGUGUGAAGCCGAUGGUACUGUGUGCUAUGGCAGGCCAAGGACCAGCCACCAUGGGUGCUUCCUGCUCCGUUUCCACCGAAAUGGCAAAUGGACCCUCCAGUGCAUUAUCUCUGGUCGCUAUCUGGAGUCCGAUGGUGAGGAUGUAUUCUGCAACUCCAGGGUUCUCUCAGCUUACCAUAUGUGGACCCCUAGACCAGCCCUGCAUAUCCAUGUGAUCCUCUACAGCCCCACCUACCGCAGCUAUGCCCGAGCAGACCACUCUGUGGGCCGAAUCUGGGUAGACGCAGCAGUCCCCUGCCUAGAGGAAUGUGGUUUCCUGUUACAUUUCCAAGAUGGAUGCUACCACCUGGAGACUUCUACACACCAUUUCUUGUCUCAUGUAGACCGGCUGGUCCCUCAACGCUCAUCACAAACGGCUUUUUACAUGCAAGUGCGGCCUAGAGGGCUUGUGGCACUGUGUGAUGGAGAAGGGGGCACAUUGUAUCCACAGGGCACACAUCUACUCCUAGGCCUGGGCUCCAAUCCUACAAGGGGUGAGGAGUGGUUCAUCCUACAACAUUUCCCAACCUGGGUCAGCCUGAGGUCAAGGACACGGAGGUUCAUCUCAGUCAUGUAUGAUGCUGAGGUGUGUGCUGCCUCUGAGCGCUUGACCCCAAUGUCCUUGUUCCAGUAUGAAUGUGACAAUGAGAGUCUUACCUUACAACUUCGUUCAGCCAAUGGCUACUACCUAGCCCAGAGGCGCCACAAGUCCAUCAUAGCUGAUGGGCACCCCCUGGAGUCUGACACCUUCUUCCGCGUGCACUGGAAUUGUGGCAGAAUCAUCCUGCAGUCCUCCAAUGGGCGUUUCCUGAGCAUCAUAUCCAAUGGCCUGCUGAUGGCAAAUGCCACCAUCCCAGGUCCACAUGAGGAAUUGGGGAUCCGAUUUGCCAAUCGCCCCUUUCUCAUCUUAAGAGGUCGGUAUGGGUAUGUGGGCUCCUGCUCAGACCAUGACCUGAUACAGUGCAAUAGAGACCAGCCCGACUGCAUUCACCUACUGCCCUGCCGCCAGGGCAUCUACCACUUUCAGGCACAGGGUGGAUCCUUCUGGUCAAUAACAUCUUUUGGCACCUUCCGCCCUUGGGGAAAAUUCGCCCUCAACUUCUGUAUAGAACUUCAGGGGAGCAACUUGCUCACGGUGCUGGCACCCAACGGCUUCUACAUCCGAGCCGACCGAAGUGGCACACUCUUGGCAGACAGCGGAGACAUUACCAAAGAAUGUAUCUGGGAAUUUUAGGUCAGUGGGAUGCUGCCUGCCAAACUCUAAAUCCUCCAGGCCUCCAGGAACAGGACAGGAGACCCAGAGUCAAGAUCCGAGAGAAGAAUAUGUGUUGUACAAUUUUUCCUACCAAGUUUAGCGAAACACCAGUUUCAAGAGACAAUACAUCACAACAGGCCACCCCC